AUGAAGAGUCAGUUAGAGACCGCCAAUUCCGAGCUUGCGAAGCAGAUCCCUGCUCAGCCCAUCGCGAUUGCGGCCGCGGACCCCGUUAAAGUCGAGCAAUCCCAGUCUCGCAUCGUCAUUUGCGUGCAUGGCUCAAAACACGACCGCAAGUGCGACAGUGGCGAGCCCUGGCGAGCCUGCUCUGACCGCGUGUUGGAUUCCCAACGUACGAAGUGUGUUCACUUUGAGACUGUAACCUGUGUGAGGCUUAAUAUGGAAGGCUGCACCAGGACGAGGUGGAGCGGAUGGGAUAAAUGUUCGCUGUGUCGGCGAAGCGAAUCCAGAAGUCUAAGAAGAUGGAGCGGGACAUGA